ACAGGUGGAAUAUUCGAGGAACGGGACGAGGUACAAGAGCUGGCCUUCAGGUACGCCGUUGAGCGGGUCAACAAGGAUCGGUCGACACUCCCUGACUCCAAGCUUAGCGCUCAGAUAGAGCGGCUGCCAGCCGAUGACUCAUUCAAAGCCUCCAAGCAAGUGUGUAAGCUGCUUCGGUCAGGGGUGGCAGCCAUCUUCGGUCCGCAGAGUGAAAACACUGCCAACCAUGUUCAGUCCAUAUGUGACGCCAUGGAGGUACCUCAUAUUGAGACUCGGUGGGACUACAAGCUGACCAGAGAUGCUUACUCUCUCAACCUGUACCCCUACCCUCCAUCACUCAGUAGUGCCUACCGCGACAUAUUGAUGAAGCUCAAGUGGAAGAACUUCGUGAUCCUUUACGACAGUAACGAGGGUCUGGUGCGCCUCCAGAACCUCCUGAAGGAGAAGACAUGGACGGUGACGGUGAGACAACUCCCCGACAAUUCCGAUUACAGGCCACUCUUGAAGGAGAUACGUCGCUCGCAGGCUACUCACAUCGUGCUGGACGUAGCGCCGGAGAAGAUAUACGAUGUGUUAGACCAAGCUCUGCAGGUCCAUCUGAUGAGUGACUACCAUAACUACUUCAUCACCUCCCUGGACUUCAACCAGGUAGACCUGGAGAAAUUUAGUCACUCACGAACCAACAUCACCGGAGUGCAGUUAGUUGACCCACAGAAGCCAGCAGUGGAGCAAGUUGUUGAAGAAUGGAUGUACGGUGAACAACGCUACGGUCGCCUCCUCCCGGCCCAUCUCAAGCGUGUCACGACGGAGGCGGCUCUCAUGUACGACGCUGUUACACUCUUCGCCAAGGCUCUUGACGACCUCGACAACUCCCACCAAGUAGACAUCGACAAACUGUACUGUGAGGGUGACAAGACCUGGCAACAUGGCAACUCCCUCAUCAACUUCAUGAAGUGGUAUGGAUCUCGACCAUACACCUCGAAUGACGGGAGGCGGCGGAGCAGAGCUUACACCGCCGUCACCAACUUCACACAGAUGGAACAGAUCCAGGUGUUCGGCCUCACGGGACUCAUCAAAUUCGACACCGCGGGCUUCAGAUCCGAGUUCCAGCUGGACAUUCUCGAGACAGACCCGAGAGAGAUUUUGAAGAAGGUGGGGACGUGGACCAAUCAAGGCGGUGCUAACUACACCAGGACCUGGGCGGAACUUGUCGACGCUUUAGAACUCAACCUUCAGAACAGGACACUCAUCGUCUCCACAGCCAUGACGCCGCCCUACACGAUGCUGAAGGAGUCAUCAGAGCACCUCAAGGGAAACGACCGCUACGAGGGCUUCUGCUUCGACCUCAUCCACGAGAUAGCACUCAUCCGAGGCUUCAACUACACCUUCCGGGAGGUGGCUGACGGCAACUACGGCAGUAAGGACAGAAACACUGGAGAGUGGGACGGUAUCGUCAGGGAACUUCUCGAUCAUAAAGCCGAUCUGGGCAUCGUGGAUUUCACCAUAACAUAUGAACGAGAGGAAGCAGUGGACUUCAGUAUGCCCUUCAUGAACUUGGGUAUUAGUAUUAUCUACAAGAAACCACAGAAAAAAUCUCCAAGCUUGUUCUCAUUUAUGUCGCCAUUUUCUGUCGAUGUCUGGAUAUACAUGGCUACUGCCUACCUGGGAGUCUCUGUCCUGCUCUUUAUCCUUGCCAGGAUGUCCCCGGAUGAGUGGGACUGUCCCUAUCCAUGUAUCGAGGAACCAGAGGAACUGGAGAACAGCUUCACACUUCUUAACUCCUUGUGGUUUAUCAUUGGCACCUUCCUGUGCCAGGGUGCCGACAUUGCGCCCAAGGCUGUGUCCACACGUAUUGUGGCGGGUAUCUGGUGGUUCUUCACGCUCAUCAUGAUCUCCUCCUACACCGCCAAUCUGGCCGCCUUCCUCACCGUCGAGAGGAUGGACUCGCCCAUCGAGAGUGCUGAGGACCUGGCCAAACAGACCAAGAUUAAAUACGGCUGCAAGAUGGGUGGCUCCACCUACUCCUUCUUCAGGGACAGCAGCAUCCCCACUUACCAGAGGAUGUGGUCUGUCAUGUCAAGCGCCAGACCUACGGUCUUCACGGAGAGUAACGAUGCUGGAGUAGAGAAAGUGGCCAAGGCUGACGGCCAGUACGCUUUCCUCAUGGAGUCCUCCUCCAUCGAGUACGUUGUGGAGCGCAAGUGUGAGCUGACCCAAGUUGGUGGACUACUUGACUCCAAGAGCUAUGGUAUCGCUCUUCCACCAGGGUCGCCCUUCACAGGUGCCAUCAGCUCGGCCGUAUUGAUGCUGAAGGAGAAUGGCAUGCUGCACAAACUGAAGAACAAGUGGUGGAAACAGCGCAAAGGUGGAGGGCAUUGCCAGAAGGAGGAGAAGAAGGACGCAGCAUCAGCGGCGGAACUGGGUCUUGAGAACGUGGGCGGCGUCUUCGUAGUGAUGGUGGGAGGCAUCGCCCUGGCCUGCGUCACUGCCUGCUGUGAGUUCGCCUGGAAAGCUCGUAAGCUGGCUACCGAUGAUGGGGUGACCUUCAGCGAGGAGCUGUGUAAGGAGCUGCUCUUCAUAGUCAACUGUAAGGAGAACUCCAAGCCGGUGCGCAAGAAGAGUUCCUCCUCCAACACAGACUCUUCUUCAAUCUACGGCUCGACAAACUACGGCUAUACAGACAAGAAAUGACAAGAGCAGACCAUCAUAUCUUUACGUAGAGUCCAGGAGAUUAUCGAGUCCAGUUUGGGAGCUUCUACUCUCCAAGAGUUCCUUCAGUUCACAACAUACUUCAGUUCUGAAGCUUUUUGAACCCAAGAGUUCCUUGGUCCAGGACCUUGUAUUGUGGAGUCCAGAACCUCCUUGAGUCCACUAUGUUCUCGAGUCCAGUGCCUCCUUGAACUCACGAGGUCUAAGAAUCCAAGACUUCUUUGAGUUCACGAGGUCCACGAGACCAGGACCUUCUUGUGCUCUUGAAGUCUUCAAACCCAGGACCUCUUCAGCAGUGUUGAUGAAGUGGCUGGCAUUCUUCAACAACCUUCUGCCUUAUCUUCCAUCACCCGGACAGACUCAGUCAUUGUAAACAACGUCCUGGAAUCUGGAUCAGCUUGUGGCUUAUUUAUCAGCCUUUUUCUUAUAUUAACACAGGUUGUGAUGUACAAGCAUUAGUGACGAACGUAGACUGAAAAUGCUUAUGUUACAAGAAAAGAGAAAACACAUUUUUAGCAAGGUAUGGUAUGAUAGGCUUUCGUAAAAUCAACGAAAGCAUACAUAUCUCAAUGACAAAAAAUUCACUUGUAGUGAGACGCAUCAAAAGAGACGUUUGAGGUGGAAAGAAACAACUCUUUCUUCCCUCCUCCUCCUCACCCCCACCCCCUAGCUUUCCAAAAGAAAAAAAAUCUCAGAAAGAAAGGCAUCCUGACAUCUCUAAAAUUUAGCUAAGAAAAAUUAUUCUUUUCUUGAGGCUUGAUGAUAAUGCUCAGCUUUUUAGCUCUAAGUAAUAAUAUAGGUACGUAACUCAAGUAUUGGUUAAGACAGUAGUUACUUGUGAGAAAAAUAUUAUAAGUUUUGUAGUUAAAAGCUUUUGUUGAUAAUAGUAUCAACAGUUUUAGAUGUUGAAUAAAUUGUGUUUUUCCCCUUCCAAAACAGUGGAUACAUGCAUAAAUUUAUACAGUUGAUGAGCAACUCAACAUACUUGUAAUGAAUCACUGUCUUUCUAAUUAUUCUUUUUGUUUUUUUUAGUUAUAAAACAUAAAUUAUUUUACUGUUGCUUAUAUUGUUAUUAGUUAUUCAACGUCACAAAAGUCUGGAAGGUUUCGGGACAUUGUUCCUCAAAUUCAACACCUGAUAAUACCCGCCCUUACUCCAACAGUUCAUUCUCUCUACUAAGUCUCAAGUUGAUAAUGUCUUCUGUACUCUCCGUCAUCGUCAAUGUUCUCGCUUUUCUUCUCUCCCACAAGAUUUCUGUAACUUUCUCACUACUACUGCUGUUGACAGUAGUGUAGCUGAUGUGUUCAUCUAGUUAACAGAGACUGCUAGUUCCGAAAUAAAAGUUAAUUCCAAUUACAUUAAAGGUUUUCACAAGAGUUCUGAAUGGAUGGGUGCAGGUCAGGAGCUGCAUCCAGUUGUCCCGAAACCCUCUUUGAGUGAUGUUGUAAAUGGUGUAGAAAGCCGACAGGUUGAAGCCUCUGACACUUGUGCAUUAUUUGGUAAUCUCUAUUGUGGAAACGUUUCGCCAGCCAGCGGCUUCUUCAGUCCAUUACAGAGAAGAACGGUGGAAGAUGAGGAGAAAUUUGAGGUAUUCAGUCGCUCAGCCUGGAGUCGAUGUGUUCAGUCCACCAUUCUUCAGAAAAGUACAGCAUAUGCGUGAAGAAGUGGCUUAUAUACUGCAGACAGGUGAAUUGAAGCAGCAGGAGGCUGCUUUGUGUUCGUCUCUCUGCUGGACUGAAUAAACCACUGGGUGGUUUAAAUAACAGAAAGACACGUAAGCAAACACUAUGACAUAUUUAUUAGAAAACGGUUCGGUCCUGGGACCUUGAUCAAGAGAAGUGAUCAGGGUCCCAGGACCGAAACGUUUUCUAAUAAAUAUGUCAUACUGUUUGCUUACGUGUCUUUCUAAACCAACUUGUCGGUAUUUAUUACCAAGGUUUAUGCCACCUGUACUUGUACACCUGCAGCUACACACACAGAAAGCCUAGCUCAGCAAAACCAUUCACAAAUUUUAUUUUAGGAUACAUAUGCUUUAUAAGGACAUGUGAGUAAACACUAGUGUUGCUCACGUCUCUUUUAAACCACAUGUUGGUAUCCAUUACCAAGGUUUAUGUACAAUGGAGUGAGACCUAGCUGUGGCGGGCCAGAGGAAGUUGACCACUGAACGGGUCAUCAUGUGAUGUACACCAGUGCCAGAAGACACUAUUUCCUGGCGAAUAAAUCACCAUAACUUACCUUCACAUGAUAUAUAAUGAUACAGAGCAGUGUGUGUACAUACGCCCAGAGUUUACUUUUAUCCCUGUUUUACGUAGCAUGGUAUUUGUGAAGUAAAAGGUUUAUAAAACCGACAAGUUGAAAUAUAGACACUUGUGCAAUAUGUCGCCAGUCACUGGCUAGCGAAACAUUUUCUCAAUAAAGAUUCAGAAAUGUUGUAUAA